AUGAAUUAUUUAUUCUAUCUAGUAUUAUCCGUGAUUUUAAAUUGUUUUGUAAGGGGGCAAGAAUCUGCUACAAAUUUUUAUAAGUUUAUUGAUUCUUUUGCAUCAUCUACAUAUAUUUCAGAGGAAUCUGGAAGUUCACUUUACGAUGCUAAAAGAGCGAUCCAAAACAACCCAAGCUAUUGGUGUAGCGCUGGGAAUCACUUAAAGGAUGAAGAAAUAACAUGGACGGGCUAUUUAAAUACAAAGGGUUUUGUAAAAGGUGUAAAAGUAUCAUGGGAAUAUAGUCCAGAAUUAGUUAGUAUAUUUGUGUCUUCUGAUGGAGAGCAUUAUAAAAAUGUGAUUCCAUAUAAAAAAAUAUCGAGUACUGAAUCAUCUUUUGAUGAAAUAUAUUUUUUUAAAAAGCUAGAAGAAGUCACAUCAAUAAAAAUAGGGUUAAAAAAUGCCAUUCACAAAUAUUUCGGAAUAAGAGAAGUGAAGAUUAUUGGUGGAGGGAAUCCUUACUUUUUAUUGCUAUCUGGAAUUACAAGUGAACAGGAAAUGUGUUUACAAGUAGAAGAAGGUUUAAUAAAUAAUGAUAAUACAUCUGUAAUUUUAGACUCAUGUAUUAAUGCUUUAGCGAGUGGAGAUGGUAGAGAAUUAUGGAAAUCAAAUUCUAACAAUCAAAUUAUUAGUGCAUUAAGUGAUCCUCCUAAAUGUUUAGCUGUUAUAAAUUUAGAUAACUUAGAAAAUAACAAACUGGUUUUAUAUGAUUGUUUAAGAGCUUUAGAAGACGGCGAUGGUAAAUCGAAUUGGGUAUUUGAAUCAAACUCUCAGAUUCGAUUGCAAAGAAGCGGUGAGCCUUUAUGUAUUUCUCAAAAAAAUAUUCAUGGAAAUAUACCAGGAAUUCAUGACAUUCUUCUUAAUACAGAUGCAUCUGUUGAUGCUACUUCUAUCUUAGAUGAUGAUCACAAUGCUGAUAAUACAAUAGAUGGGAACCUGAAUAGUUUUUGGGCAUCAUCUAUAUUUGGAGAUAACUAUGAGCACUUAGUUUAUUUUAUUAUAGACUUGAAUAAAUUUGUAGAAAUAUCCAGAAUAAAAGUAUUUUGGGAGUAUCCACCUUUACAUUAUAUUAUAUCUUUUAGCACAGAAAAGGAUAAUUAUAAAAUUGUUGCUGAGAAUUUGGCUAACCCAAGUUUUACAACAAUAGAUUCAUUAAAAAACAUUGAAACAAGAUAUAUUAAAAUAUCAAUGGUUAAGCCUCAUCCUAAGCAUGGAGAAAUGGAUGGCCAAUUUUUAUAUGGAAUAAGAUCAAUAGAAGUUCAAGCUAACAAUUUAGAAAGUGUAUUAAAUUUUUGUAGAGAUGCAGCAAAUUCAUAUGAUGCUAGAGACAAAUAUUUUAUUGAAUAUAUUAGCGAAUUCGAUAAAAAUUUAAGCAACAAAUUAAUAAAUCUUGAAGAUGAUGUUUCAAAAAAUGUGAGUUCUAUUAGCGAUAAAUUAUCAAAAUUAGAAGAAGUGUUACCCAAUAUUGAAACAUGUUUAAACGAAAAAAAAGAAUAUGACACAAAAUUAAAAGCAUCAAUGGAGCAAGUUGUUGGGCUGAAUGAUAAAAUUAAUUCCUUAGAAUCAGUAGAUUUAAUUCAUAGUAAUGAUUUAUUACGAUUAGGUAUAUCUCCUGGUGAUUCAUCGUCUUAUCCUGCGAAUGAUUGUUCAAUAAUUAAAAAUUCUCAAGAAGUCCCUAUGUCAGGAUUUUAUUGGAUAAAACCGAAAUGUUCACCUGAACCUCUAAGAGUAUAUUGUGAUAUGGAUUCAAGUACAUCUUUAUAUAUUUGGAAUGGUCACUCUCCUAAAUCCCCAGAUCAUUUAAUAACAAAUAUUAUAAAUUCAGUAGAUGACAUUAGAAAGCAUUGUGCGGAAGUAGGCUUAGAACCAUUAGUAUUAAAAUCAACUGAGCAAUUAAAUAGUUUAAUUUUUGCAUUGAAAAAAAUGGGUUUUAUAUUAAAUGGCAAAAUUAAUAUACCAUUAGCUUAUGAUUAUUCAUGUAAUUAUGGUAGUUGCAGUGGAAAGUUUCAUGAUUUAUUAAAUGGUAACAUCGAUUUAACAACAUUAAUUUAUUUUAAAGGAGCCGAAUCCCCUAAUAGCACUAGUAUUAGACAAACAGCGGGUAUAUCAUAUGAUGACGGAUCUUUUAAAUUUUUUAACUUAGAAACAUCAGAUAUAUCUGCAAUAGUUUGUUCAACAAAUUCGUCAGAAAAUGAUUUUUCAAUGCAAUAUUUAAGUAUAGAUUGUGAUACCACAGCAUUAGACGAUGAUUUUAAUGGAAUUGUAAAUACAAAUAUAGUAGUUUUAUGCCCUUUAGAAUGUGAUCAUGAGAGAUUUAAGGGAUUUAAUGUAUAUGGUAGCAACGGGGUAUAUUCUGACAGUAGCUCUAUUUGUAGAGCAUCUAUACAUGCAGGCGUAAUAGAUAAGCAAGGUGGGUUGGUUAAUGUAGCUAUUGAAUCUGGAUUAGAUUAUUAUAAAGGUUCAAUAAGUAAUAAUAUCGAAUCUAUAUCGUUAAAUAAGGGAGGUAAUGAGGCAUUAUUAGACAUAAUUACGAAUGAAAAAAAAGAAGAUAUUAAAGAAGAAACUAGCAUUAUUAAUCAUAGAACUAUAAGAAUAAGUAAUUUGUCUCAAGAUUGCCCAAUCGAUUUAUUUGAAUACAAACAACUAUCAUUUAUUGAAAAGGGUAAUUUUAAAAAAAACGACCAAAACGUAGAAAAAAUAGCGGAAUAUAAUGAAAGUAAUGAAGGUUACAAAACACACGAAAUAAUUAAUGACUUGCUAAAAAAUAUUGACGCUAUUCAUGGAGUUGAUUCAUCAGUAAUUUCCAUUAUUCAAGAUGAAACUGUAAGAGUUAUAGAAAAAGCAAAAAAAGAAUUCGUCCCAGCCGACAUUUUAUCAAAAAAGCAAAUUGAUGGCACAAUAAAUUUAUACAACUUGACUGAAAAUUUAGCAUUGUAUUUAUAUGAUUUAUCAGGGAAAUAUAUAAAUGAUUUAGAAAAGGUAAAAGAACGUUUGGAAGAAUUAAAAAAAACUCAAAGGAUUGUCCAUAAUUUUGGUGCAUUUAAAUUAAACUAUGAAAAUAUGAAUUUUUCUUCCUAUUUCUACGUAUUUGAUUCGAAAUUAAUUAAAAAUAAACCUAGUGUUUGGGGAUAUGUUGAUACCGAAAUUUUAGGGCAUAAAAAUAGUAUUGGACAAAUGAGUAGUAUAUCAAAUAGAGUGAUAGGUGAAGGGUAUUUUGCAAAAUUAAAAGGAUUAAAUUUUUAUGAUUUUGAAAUAAAGGUAAGCGUGUUAAGUAAAGGUACUGGGUGUGCUGGAAUAGCAUUUAGAGCUAAAGAUGAUUUCAAUUUUUAUUUAUUUGAUAUUUGUGAUCAAGAUGGGGUAAGAAGAUUAUCAAAAAUAGAAAAUGGACAUGCAGAUAUUUUAAAAGAAAAGUAUGGUGAAUUUUCCAUAAAUAAUAAAUGGAGCACAUAUAAAAUAACAACAAGCCAUGCUAAUAUUGAUAUAUAUGAAAUCGAUGAUAAAUUAAAUGAGAUGAAAAUAUUAAGUUCAUUAGACGAAAAAUUUUUAUCGGGUAGUGUAGGCUUGUAUUCUCAAAUAAAUGGGCAAGGAACAUUUUUUGAUGGGCUAGAAAUCAUAGCGAAACCCUGUUCAGAACUAUCUAAAAAUGGAAACCAUGAAAAAAAAAAGAAUUAUAACUGUCCUUAUUAUAAAGAAAAUUAUGAUAGCGAUUUAUUUCCAUAUACCAUAAUUAAUGACGUAGAAUAUAAAUGGAGUUUUGCAAAAGAGGAUGAUAAUGAUUAUUUAUUAUGUAAAAAAAUAGAAAAUGUAGAUAAUGAAAGCAACGAAAAUGGCAAAGUAUACGAUACUAUAGCACUUUUAAAACAAAGAAAAUGCUCUGAUGGCAACUUAAAUUUUGAUAUGAAUUAUUCUCUAUCCAAAGAAAAUGGAAAUUUAGAUAAGUCAUAUAUAUAUAUCCUAUUCAAUUUUGUGGAUGAAAAUAAUUUUAAUGCCCUUGAAAUUAGACACGAUUCUCUGAAGUUAACAUCCUACAAGGAUAGCAAAUUAAUAACAUUAUCAGAGUUCAACGAUCAUGAUAAAAUUACAAAGAUAUUAGAGCAAGAUGAAUGGUUCCAUGUUAAUGUAAAAUUUGAUAAACUAAAAUUCAAAGUUGUAAUAAGCAGUAAUAAUGGUUAUGAAAUUGAACUAGAUGCAAACAAUGUUGAUACAGAUUCGAUUGAUUUAGGAAAUGUAGGUUUCAGGGUUAAUAAUUUUGAUGAAGUAAAAUUUGAUUCUAUAACUUUAUCAUCUAAUGUAUUAAAUUCAAAUGAAAGCUUCAUUGAAUCCACAACUAAAACAUGGGGAACAUGUGAAGAAAGCAUACAUGUAUUAAACAGAAGAUCUUCAUGUGAAACAGAUAUAUAUCCAAAUCAAAAAAAAGAAAAACAUAUCAAUUGCAUUAAAAAUUUUUGUGAAGAAUGCUGUUUGCAUCAUACCAAAAUGUUGGAUAGUAACGAAAAGAAGGAAUGUGAAAAACAUUGUAAAAGAAAUGAUGGCUUAGCUGAAAAAAUGCAAAAACUUUUUGAAAAAUUUAUAAACAAGUGUGUUUCAUUAGAAGAAAACAAGGAUUAUGAAAAUUGCGAUGAUGACGAUUUAAAUUGUAGAAGCAAAACGUGUAUACUUUGCUGUGAGCAAAAUGGUGUAGCAGAUUCUGAUGAUAUUGAAGAGGUAUCUUUUCAUAAAUCAAAAGAUAUCCAAAAAGAGGAAACAAUUGAAUGUCAAUUUCAGUGCAAAGUAACUCAUGGAAUUAUGGAAUAA